CUCGAUCCCGGGACUCCAGGAUCAUGACCUGAGCCGAAGGCAGUCGUUUAACCAACUGAGCCACCCAGGCGCCCCCGGACACUUUUAAAAGAUAGGCACAGCGGGAAUCCUAAACAAUUCAGCUUCGUAAAAGCCAGUUCGUAAAAUCCUGAACAAUUUCCUUCGUAAAAAGGGAACCUCUUGAACAGGCAGAGGACCUGUUUGUGCCAAGAUUGUUAACCCUUUCCAGUGUCUCCGUAUCUCUCAAAAUAGAACCAUCUUCCCACGCUCGCUCCCUGCUGCUACCUAAACACUGCUAACGAAACAUCAUCUCCCUGAAGCUGGGUCCAACAGGCCCAAGAUGCUGCAGGCUUCUGCCCCUGCGAUGAACUGGAAACUUCUCAGGUCACCUAGCUAAAAUACCUCUGUCUUGUCAAGUGGUUUCCAACUUUGCUGCACAGAGGAAGGACCCAAAGAUUAAACAAAAAGAACAAAAGUAAGCCUAGCGCCCACAUCUAACGUGCAGCAUAGAUUAGAAACCAUUCGUUUAGCGACAUCUCCACGGCCCCUUAAAAACAAAUCUUUCCACUCGCCUGCCCUCCGCCGGAAGGACGCACGUGGAAGGUUCGGGGCCGAGUGGGCCGGGUCGCCGCGCCGCCGUCCCCUUCCCCCCAGCUAGCCUGGCGUGCCCAGCUCGCCGCAGGCCCGGAGGAGGCGGCGCUCCGCGCUCCCCGGGCCGGGCCGUAGCAGAACCGAAAGCGGCGGACGCGGGGAGGCGGGGGAGAGGAAGGAGGGGGCGGGCGCCGGGGGAGAAGGGCGAAGUGGCGCGCGGAGGGCCGGGAAUGCCCGCGGCGCGGAGGCCGAGCCGCCCGGUGGCAGCGUCCGGGCAAUGGCUCUCCGUCUGGUCUCCGACUUCGACCUCCGGAAGGAUGUGCUCCCGUGGCUGCGGUCGCAGCGGGCGGCGUCAGCGGCCGCCGGGGCGCGAGGCGGCGGCCCAGGUGUUUUGGAAAAUAAUUAUGAGAGCUUACGUAUACUAAAUGUUGAAAGAAAUGGAAAUAUUAUUUAUACCUAUAAGGAUGAUAAGGGAAAUGUCUUCUUUGGAUUAUAUGACUGCCGAACCAGACAAAAUGAGCAUCUCUAUACAUUUGAGAAAGACUUGCACGUUGUCAGUUGCUCUGUCAACAGUGAGAGAACUUUGCUUGCUGCAAGUUUAGUUCAUUUUACUAAGGAAGGAAGAAAGAAUGAGCUUCAACCAGGAUCAAAGUGUUUAACUUUGUUGGUUGAAAUCCACCCUGUUAACAAUGUGAAGGUUCUAAAAGCCGUGGAUAGCUAUAUUUGGGUGCAGUUUCUCUACCCCCAUGUGGAAAGUCACCCUCUUGCAGAGAACCAUCUGUUACUGAUUUCAGAAGAGAAAUAUAUUGAGAAAAUUCAUAUCCAGGUCAUCCAAGAAGAUGGAAAUAGAGUGGUACUUAAAGACUCUGGCCAUCUCCCAAGAGAGAGAGUAGCUGAGGAUUUUGUUUGGGCUCAAUGGGAUAUGUCAGAGCAGAGAUUGUACUACAUUGACCUGAAGAAAUCAAGGAGUGUCUUAAAAUGCAUCCAGUUUUCUGCUGACGAGAAGUUUAACUUAAUGUUUGAAGCACCCUUGGAUAUAACAUUAAGUGACUCAGGAUUUAAACUUGUAAACUUUGGAUGUGAUGAUCUUCAAGACCAAGAGAACUUAUCCAAACACCUGACCCUGUGCGUUUUUACCAACCAUACAGGAACUUUGUGUGUAUGUUACAGUCCGAAGUUUGACUCUUGGGAAAAAAUCACAUAUUCAGUGUUUUACUUUCAUAAAGGGCACAGCAAGACCUUCACUGCUGCUCUUGGGAGUGUUGACUCACAUGUGACUAAGGGCCUUACUUUUCUCAACCUUGAUUAUUACGUGGCUGUUUACUUACCUGGUCAUUUCUUUCAUCUACUUAACAUCCAACAUCCGGACCUGAUCUGCCACAGUUUGUUUCUGACAGGAAACAAUGAAGUGGUUGAUAUGCUACCUCAUAGUCCUUUACAGUCACUCUCAGGGUCCCUGGUACUGGAUUGGUGUUCUGGAAAGCUCUCCAGGGCGGUCCUCAACCAGUCAUACUUACUACAGUUCCUAUGGAACACGCGGCUAGACUAUGAGAAGAUGGGUGCAUUGCACUGUGUGCUCUCCUGGGGCCGAGACCACCCGUUCCUGGAAGCCAAGAUUAUUCAGUGGAUUUCUGAGAACAUCUCUGCCUGCCAUUCAUUUGACCUCAUUCAGGAAUUUAUAAUUGCUUCUUCGUAUUGGAGCAUAUACCCAGAGACAAGCGACAUGGAUAAACUUUUGCCAUAUUCCUCAGUGCUCGCUUGGAAUACAGAAAUUCCUGGAAUAACCCUUGUGACGGAAGAGAUCCCAUUGCCUUUCAUGAAGGUGCACAGCUUUAAGGGCUACUGGGAAAAACUGAACUCCAACCUGGAAUACAUUAAGUACUCCAAGCCACACUUGCUCUAUAACAACAGCAUGGUCCAGAGAGAAUGGCAUAGCCUGAUCUCAGAAGAGAAAACAGGAAGAAGAAGGUCCAUGGUGUAUGUGAGGAAUAUUCUUGAUAAUGCAAUGAAGGUGAUUUCUAACCUAGAAGCAAGGAAUUUGGAGCCAAGAUUAACACCCCUCUUCCAGGAGGAAGACAACCCCCAGAGGCUGCUGAUGGGACUGAUGGUGUCUGAGCUAAAAGACCAUCUUUUGAGACACCUACAGGGUGUAGAAAAGAAGAAAAUUGAACAGAUGGUUCUGGACUACAUUUCGAAACUGCUGGAUCUCAUUUGCCAAAUCCUGGAGACCAGCUGGAGGAAACAUCAUCUUCACCCCUCCGUUCUCCACUUCAGCAGGCGGGCCAGUGCUGCUGAAUUUACAGUCUUCCACAUCAUGACCAGGAUUCUGAAAGCGACUACGAGUUUGUUUUUACCUCUGCCUCCUGGUUUUCACACUCUGCACACGCUCCUUGGCGUGCACUGUCUCCCUUUGCAUAACCUGCUGCAUUACAUUGAUGAUGGGGUGUUGCUUCUCACCGAAACGGCUGUCACAAGGCUCAUGAAAGAUCUGGACAAUUCAGAGAAAAAUGAAAAACUAAAAUUCAGCAUCAUUGUGCGGCUUCCCCCGCUUAUUGGUCAGAAGAUCUGCCGACUUUGGGAUCAUCCUAUGAGUUCUAACAUCAUUUCCCGGAACCAUGUGAAGCGACUGCUGCUAAACUAUAAGAAAGAGCCCCGGAGUUCUAUGAUUGACAAGUCGCCAGGCAGUGUGGAGUUCCUGCCCCUGAACUACUUCAUUGAAAUACUGACAGAUAGAGAAUCUUCCAGUCAAGCUCUGUAUGCUCUUGAAGGACAUGACAAUGUGGAUGCAAAAUUUGUAGAGGAAGCAGCUCUGAAACACACCACAAUGCUUUUAGGCUUAUGAAAGAGAAAAUGCAGUUGUAUCCGCUCCCAGUAUUUUAAUCUUGCGCAUUAGCUUGACCUCCGUCAAGAGUCCUUUACAAUUCUUUAAAAUUGGUAACCAAAAUCAGAAUACAUUGUUAAGCCAUCUGAAUUCCAGUUUGGUACUUGUUCAGACAGAACUAAAUUGCUCUACCUCACCCCAGCUUUGAAAAGGAGACAAGCAGUCAGGUGGGGGGGAGGGGCACAACAGUCUGAGAGGGGCGCUGUGUCCUCAGGGAUGACUCAGUGGCUUACCCUCCUCAUGGCUCCACGGGCCAAAAGCGAGUUUGUAUUGCACUCUGAAAUAAAAUUACGCUUUAAAAAAAUGCAGGGGACGGUGCUAAGAAAAAAACUAGAUGUGUUGUUGAAGGUAACAUAUGACAAGCAGAAAAAUUAGUUACAGAAGCACGCUAUUUGGAAAGAGGAUACUUUUCAAAGAAGUGAAUUUGGACCGGGUCAAACCUGCUAUUUCCAGUAGAGAAUAAUUUGUCAUACGCAGCAGUGUGUACAUAGCGGUAUUGAGAGUAGGAUUGGUCUUUGUGAUUGUUCAGAUGGAACUGUACUUUAAUAUGUUCAAGUUUUUUGUAUUUAUAAAAGUUUGACUUAGUAAUAUCUUUUCAUUAAAAAAAGAAGAAGAAA